AAUGAACUGUUUGUCUCAGUUUCGCGUCUUCUCGGGAUUCUUCGGUUGUAAUCGGCAGGUAACGGUCGGUACAUUCAAAUGUUCGGCAGGAGCUCCUCCAAAGAGUGAAGUGAAGAAAGAAACGGACGAACGGAGCCGAUAAACGGCGUGUGGAAGCGGAAUGACGGUGCUGCAGGAACCUGUCCAGGCCGCAGUGUGGCAGGCUCUCAACCACUAUGCCUACCUGGAUGCUGUUUUCCUUGCUGAGAGACUCUACGCUGAAGUGCGUUCAGAGGAGGCCCUCUACCUGUUGGCUACGUGUUAUUACCGCUCUGGGAAACCUUAUAAAGCUUACCGACUACUGAAGGCUCACAGCUGCUCCACGCCACAGGUUCGAUUCCUGCUGGCAAAGUGCUGUGUGGAACUUGGCAAGCUUGCUGAGGGAGAACAGGUUCUGAUUGGUGGGGUCCUGAACAAACAAAAGAGUCAGGAUGACAUCAUCAUCGAGUUUGGAGACUCCGCCUCCUUCACGUUGUCGUUACUGGGACACAUUUACUGUAAGACGGACCGAGCUGCUAAAGGUGCCGAGUGCUUUCAGAGGAGUUUAACCCUCAACCCGUUUCUCUGGUCGCCGUUUCAGAAUCUUUGUCACCUAGGAGAGAAGCCGGAUCCAGAUCAAGUGUUCAGGUUGUCAGCUUUGCAGAACUCCUCUUUAUUCCCGCCCCCUCCACACAUAAGCCCCGCCCAGAACCCAUCUCACCGCCUCGAUACGGCACUGAUGGAAACGCCGCAGGACACACUGGAGUUGAAUCGUCUGAAUCUGGAAUCCUCAAACGGAAAGCUGACGUCUGAUUUGUCAGUUUCAUACAUCGAUUCCUCCCUCAUCUCCCCGGAGACUGGCUCGCUAUUGGGCAACACCGUUUCCAUGGCAUCAGCUGGGACUUUGCUUGCUAAACAGAACAAACCCAAGAGUGGGCGGAGUUUACUGGGGGGUCCUACAGCCCUCAGCCCCCUGACGCCCAGUUUUGGCAUCCUGCCCCUGGAGCCCAGCCCUGGAGAUCCCACCUAUCUCCAGAACUAUUCAGCUACAAUGGAAACACAAACAACAGCUCCCGGCAAAAAGACUGUCUCCAGGAUCAGUCAGUCUAAAUCUGUCUUCAGCCAGAGCGGGAACAGCAGAGACGUUCUUCCCAUCCCCUUCAACCAAUCGCAGACCUCAGCACCUCACACCAGUGGUUCUCCUCAGGUUCUCAGUCCCAGUAUGUCUGGUCCCCCUAACGUUCAGCCCAGAAGAAGCUCCAGACUGUUUACCAGUGCCAGCUCCACUGCCAAGGAGAACAGUAAGAAGCUAAAGAUGAAGUUUCCUACAAAGAUCCCUAACCGGAAAACCAAAUGUAAAUCUGCAAAGACGGCAAACAGCAGCAACCUGAACGAGAGUCUGGACAUCCUGAGACUGGAUCCCAGUUUGAACCUGCCAGACACCAGGAUCCCCCAGUACCAGAGGGCCGCUGCAGACAGUGUGAUGGCGUUGCUACGGGAACUGGGGCGGGGCUACCAGGCGCUGUGCUCCUACAGCUGCAGAGAGGCCAUCAACAUCCUGACGUCUCUUCCUCCUCAGCAUUACAACACAGGCUGGGUCCUCACGCAUGUCGGCCGGGCCUACUUCGAGUUGGCAGAGUACAUGCAGGCGGAGCGACUGUUCAGUGAGGUGCGCAGGAUCGAGUCGUACCGAGUGGAAGGUAUGGAGAUUUAUUCCACCACACUGUGGCACCUGCAGAAGGACGUGGCCCUGUCGGCGCUGGCCAAAGACCUGACGGACAUGGACAAGAACUGUCCUGAGGCCUGGUGUGUCGCAGGAAACUGUUUCAGCCUGCAGAGGGAGCAUGACAUCGCCAUCAAGUUCUUCCAGAGAGCAAUCCAGGUUGACCCAGGUUUUGCAUACGCUUACACUCUGUUGGGUCAUGAGUUUGUUCUGACCGAGGAGUUGGACCGAGCUCUGGCCUGCUUCAGGAACGCCAUCAGAGUGAACAACCGACACUACAAUGCCUGGUAUGGACUCGGCAUGAUUUACUAUAAACAGGAGAAGUUCAACUUGGCAGAAAUCCACUUCAAGAAAGCUCUGAGCAUCAACCCUCAGAGCUCCGUGCUGCUCUGCCACAUCGGAGUGGUGCAGCAUGCUCUGAAGAAGUCUGACGCUGCGUUAGAGACCCUAAACAGAGCCAUUGGCAUCGACCCCAAAAACCCUCUCUGCAAGUUCCACAGAGCCUCCAUCCUGUUUGCCAACGAUAAGUACAAGGCAGCCCUUCAGGAGUUGGAAGAGUUGAAGCAGAUUGUUCCCAAAGAGUCUCUGGUUUACUUCCUCAUAGGAAAGGUGUAUAAGAAGCUGGGUCAGACCCACCUGGCUCUAAUGAACUUCAGCUGGGCCAUGGAUCUGGACCCUAAAGGAGCCAAUAAUCAGAUCAAAGAAGCCAUUGAUAAGAGAUACCUGCCUGAAGACGAAGUGACCGAGGUGGAUGACAGUCAGGACAGCAGCUUCAUGACGGACGCCGACGACACGCAGCUCCACACACCAGAGAGCGAUGAUGUUCUUUAGCCCCGGCUCCUGCUUGUGCCCGCCUCCUCUAAAUGUCAGGAGGAGAGGCGUUGCUAGACAACAUGCUGACAGACAGAAUAUAAGUUUAGCUCCACCCAGUCCUCCCACCCCAACCCCCGUCCUCUGACUGGCUGAAACAGACUGCUGCUGACCUGAAGCCCCACCCCUUAACCCUGUGACAUCACAGCUGGUUUUUUUUUUUUGUUCUUUUUAUCGUCCUGAUGGAAAUAAACCAAUAAAACAAGUAAACACUG